CUGUGCGUCUCUUACUGUGACUCACUCACCCCUGAGAGUCUGAAGUGACAUAAUAAAUGAGGAGAGAGUUCAGGUAUUCAAAGAUUUAAAGGAGGAAUCGUGAUUCAGCAGAGAGAGUUUCACACUCUGGACACACUUGGACAACCUCUCACGUGUGUGUGUUGUGGUCAGUAAGUGGUCAUGCUGCGUGAGCUACUGCUGCUGCUGCUGGUGUGUGUGCUGCGGAGCGUGUGGUCCGGCGGAGCAUGUCCGGCGAUGUGUUCAUGUGCGGAGGACGGGUUACUGAUGAUGGUGGACUGCUCUGAACUCGGACUGUCGGCUGUGCCGAGCAACAUCAGCCCCUUCACCUCAUACCUGGAUCUGAGCAUGAACAACAUCAGCAGCAUCCAACCCAACACCUUCCAGAACCUGCCCUUUCUCACUGAGCUGAGACUCUCUGGGAACCAGCUGAGGACCAUCAGUGGCUCUGCCCUCCAUGGCCUGAAAAACCUCAAAGUCCUAAUGCUGCAGAAUAACCAGUUGGAGAGGCUGGACAGUGCUGACCCAUGGGACCUGCCCAAUCUUUUGUCACUCCGUCUGGACGCCAACCUGAUCGUCGAGGUUCCAGCCCAGAUGUUCUCUGGUAUGCGGUCGUUGCGCCACCUGUGGCUGGAUGAUAACGCACUGAUGGAGGUCCCAGUGAGCGCACUCAGUGAGCUCUCAGCCCUGCAGGCCAUGACGCUCGCCCUCAACCGCAUCACUCACAUCCCUGACUACGCCUUCAGAAAUCUCUCCAACCUCGUCGUCCUGCACCUUCACAAUAAUCAGAUCUUCAGUUUGGGGCAGAACAGCUUCGAGGGGCUGCGCAGUCUGGAAACCCUUGAGCUGAACUUUAAUGCCUUGCAGGAGUUUCCCGUGGCGAUCCGAGCAUUGGCCAAGCUCCAGGAGCUAGGGUUCCACAACAACAAUAUCAGAGCCAUUCCUGAAAGAGCAUUUGUGGGCAACCCGCUGCUGCAGACCAUUCACUUCUACGAGAAUCCAAUCCAGUUUGUUGGAAGAUCUGCUUUCCAGUUCUUACCAAAGUUACACACUCUCUCCCUGAACGGUGCCACUGAAAUUCGGGAGUUCCCAGAUCUCAAGGGAACCACUAGCCUGCAGGUUCUGACGCUGACCAGAGCAGGUCUGUCCACACUUCCAGCUGAUCUCUGUCAGCAGCUGCCGAGUCUCAGAGUUCUUGAACUGUCCCACAAUGCAGUAGAGGAGCUGCCCAGUUUUUUCCACUGCACCUCACUGCAAGAGAUUGGACUCCAACACAAUUUGAUCAGAGGAAUCGAUAUGAACACGUUCCAGCAGCUCAGCUCUCUGCGUUCACUGGAUCUGAGCUGGAACAGAAUCGAGACGAUUCACCCUGAUGCCUUCAUAUCACUGCAGUCACUCAGUAAACUGAUCUCUCUUUCUCUCUGCAGGGAUCUGACUGGUAACCGGCUGAGUGCUCUGCCACUGGCUGGGCUGAGCAGCCUCACUCACCUCAAACUGAGAGGAAACAUGGCUCUGUCCAGCUCCUUCACACAUGAGGACUUCCCCAACAUCAGGGUCAUUGAGAUGCCCCAUGCCUAUCAGUGUUGUGUGUUUGGAGUCUGCAACAGCUACAGAGCAGCCAACCAGUGGGAAGAAGUGAUGGGCAAUGAGGAGGACGAACUCCACAAGAGAACAUUAGCCCUGUUCCCCGUCCAGACCGACUAUGACCCUGAUCUGGAGGAAUUCCAGUUGGCCAUUGAAGAGUCCAAACUCCAAACUAGCAUCCAGUGCACCCCCAUUCCAGGUCCCUUCAAGCCCUGUGAUAACCUCUUCGAUAGUUGGGUGGUACGUCUGGGCAUGUGGCUCAUUUCUCUGGUCUCUCUGCUGGGCAACAUUCUCCUCAUCCUGACCGUUUUCAUCUCCCCAAGUUAUCUCUCACCGGUCAAAUUCAUAAUUGGCUUUAUUAGUAGUGCAAACUUGCUCAUGGGCCUCUGCUCGGGCACCCUGACAGCAGUGGAUGCUCUGACUUUUGGGGAGUUUGCCAUGUAUGGGGCUCGUUGGGAAACAGGUGCUGGGUGCCGAGCGACAGGUUUUAUCUCUGUCCUGGCCUCAGAGGCCUCCAUCCUCCUCCUCACACUAGCAGCGGUGCAGUGCAGCAUUUCUGUAUCUUGUGUCCGAGCUUACGGAAAGUCUCCGUCUCAUGGUAGCGUGAGGGUGGCCGCAUUUGUGUGUUUGAUUCUUUCCCUAGCAGCUGCCAGCCUCCCAAUUGUUGGGGUUGGGGAAUAUGGAACAACACCACUCUGCCUGCCUUCACCUCUGCCUGAAGCCCAGCCAUCCACCCUGGGCUUCAUGGUGGCACUAAUCAUGAUGAAUUCUCUGUGCUUUUUGCUGAUCACCACCACCUACAUUAAGCUCUACUGGGACCUGAUGAAGGGGAACUUCGACAGUGUCUGGGAUUGUGCCAUGAUCAAGCACGUAGCCUGGCUGAUUUUCACCAACUGUAUUCUGUACUGCCCGGUGGCCUUCCUAACCUUCUCUUCCUUGAUGGGACUCUUCCCAGUGAGCGAGGAAGUGGUCAAGUCUGUCCUUUUGGUGCUGCUUCCCCUUCCUGCCUGCAUUAACCCCUUGCUAUACCUCCUGUUUAACCCUCACUUCCGUGAGGACGCAAGACUCCUCUUGAACAGAGCUCGAAUGGACCAGGACCAAACCCUCGACUCUUUCGGUUCGGUGGACACAGAGAAGAGUUCGUACGACUCAACACAGGCCCUGGUAUCCUUUGCUUCAGAAGUAGACAUGAUGUUUGAGGGUUCAGAGUCAGGCAGUCAGCCCUCUGUGCCACUCAUCCCGUGCGAACUGCAGACGAUUGCUCCAAGAGAAAACAUAAAAGAGAACAUGGUUGGCUUGACAACAUCAGGGGCUAAAGAGAAGGAGGAGGGCACAAGGAGCAAAAGGGUGGACGUUCAGAAAGGAAACACCACUUUCUUCACUGGGGUUUUCCACUCCUCAUGCCAUUUGUAAGUUUUGCUGCAAGAUCUUCAGCUCUCAGGAACCUUCUGAUUCUGAGAAAGACAGACAAGUUCUCACAGGACAUAGUACCUAACCAUCAGAUAAUGGACGAUUCUCCUAAGAGGACGAGAACUAGAAAGAGAACUAUUCCUAACACCACCAGCAACUCGUAGCAUGGAUACAAAGAAAGUUGCCUAAUAUAAUACUGUGACAUGAUAUACCAAGUCACAGGUUAAUUUAUAUAUCAAUUACUCAUAAUUGUGUAUAAUCAACUGGCAGUGCAAAGUCACGUAAAAAACAGUGAGAAACUAAAACAGGGUGUUCGGCAGGGUGCAGGGAAGAAAUGUGUCCAAAUGUGCUCAAUGUGAAAAUGUUUUCUCUGGCACACCUGCUCAUUAUAGGUGUUUUGAAUAACACUCAUCCAUAAAGUGAUAUCAACCAUGUCAAACGCUCACUCCAAUCAUAUACCAUUCAUUUCCAAGGCUGUAUGUAUUUCUGGCUCAUAAUUAUAGCUCAUUAAAGAUUUGCACGUCCAAACUUGCUUUGUUUUUGUAGACAAGUUAAGAUAUUCUACAGGAAAGUAAACAUUCACAUUCAGCAGUGAUCUAACUUGGAGUCAGUCGGUCAAAGCUUAAGGUGUAACAGGUUUAUAGGCAGAUUCAUAAAGUCCUCAUGAUAAGAUAUAAUCUUUGACAUUUUUCAUGUGUAAAUGUUGUAAAAGAAUAAGCCAUGGAGUGGGCUUUGCUUAGGUUGUUAUACAGCUUGGGGAUCUUUUCAGAAUUGUAAAGUAGCUAGCUAUUAUGUAUAAACUAUAACUACCUCUGAAACUAGCAUGCUAAUUUCUUUUUCUUUUUACCCAGAGUGCAGUUUGUUUCUGCUCUUUUUAUAUAAAAUUUAUAUGAAAAAUAUAAUUUUUAUAUUGAAAU